GCGAGAUUUUCAGGAGAAGAAGAGAUUCAUCUAGAGGAACCGAGACCCGGCGAUUCAGAUCCAGGUUCUCCCUGCGGAUCCGCUCAGGGUUUUCAUGACCUUAAGGCUCCAUAUAAACAUCUCAGCUUGGUGGAGGUAUGACAUUAAUCAGGGGCUCCUUCACUUAUUCCAGUGGAGAAGAAUAUACCGGAGAAUGGAAGGAAGGUCGGAGGCAUGGCAAAGGAGAGCUGAAGUUUGCUGAUGGCACUUGUUAUAAAGGUCACUUCGAGAAUGGCCUGUUCCACGGAUCAGGGGUGUUAGUAUUUCCUGAUGGAUCCAGGUACGAGGGUGAAUUCGCCCAAGGAAAAUUCCAAGGGGUUGGAAUCUUCAGCCGAUUUGAUGGCAUGAAGUUUGAAGGGGAAUUCAAAAGUGGUCGCGUCGAAGGAUUCGGACUGUUGACAUUCCCAGAUAGUUCCCAUGGUGUUCCACGGAAUGAGGGUUUUUUUGAGAAUAACAAGCUUCUGAAACGUGAAAAGUGUCAGGCUGUGGUGCAGAGAGCCAAGAACUCAGCAUCAACUGCCCGAGGCCUUUCUGUAUGAAAAACUGACCUCAGUAAGCGCACCCCUAACUGCGUUUCUAAGAUCAGGCCCCCGAAUACAAUACGGAUUGUACAGACACGUUCAGGGGUGAUCACUGCCUUCAAACAAAGGAGAUUGAAAAUACAUAAGAACCAUCAGACCCUCAGGGAUGGAUGAAAGACUUACCAUUCCACACAUCUCUAUCUCUCUUACAUUGUUGCUUUGCCUUGGUUUCCUCUGUGGCUUAAAAACAUUAUAAAAUUAUGUAGGUUUGAUUUGGAGGCAUGGAGAAACUUAAAUCACCAUCAACGGCAUUGUUGGUAUAAGUGUGGUCAGAAUUGUGGCCGUGAAUUUGCCUUUGUGAGCCAUGGUUUUAGUCGUUACUGUUCAGGGUUCCCAUGGUCAUGGACAACCUGGAAAUAUCGGGGAAUUUAAACUGGGAUAUGCUAGGGUGGGAAAGGUAUGGAAAUGAGAAAAAAUCUACAAAGGCAUAGCCAUUUCUACAGUGAAAGACUGGUACAUGACAUAUAGGUAGACAUCUGCAAUCUCUGUUAAGUGAUUAUUAAAAAGAAAUCCUUUAAUCAUGAACGACUGGAAAUGUAAUGAGAAAUUAAUUGGAGAAAAAGUGUGGGAACCCUGCUAUUGUAACUUAUUUACAUUUUAAAUCAACACUUUCUUUUUUGCACAUUUGCCUUGGUUCUUGCAUUAAAGUCAAUGGAGUCUAGAAAUAUAGCUGGAAUAAUAUAUUUCAUGUUACGUAUAGACAACAGCUGUGAAAGAAUGUUUUCAGCAAACUGUCUUAAUGAUUUAUUUAUUAAUUAAUUUAAUUAAAUAAAUACAUAAGAUAUACUAACAGAGUAUAGGCUAUUAUGAAAUAAUGUUUUUAGUUGUAUUGUUCCUGUAGAAUGCAGAGAACUAAAAAUAGUUAACAAUGUAUUUGGUGAUUUGCAGAUAUACAGUACAUCAACUGCAAUUGUACUUUUAUUAUUAUUUUCUGAAAUUCUUAUGGUUCACUCUUCCCAUCAUGUGCAGUGUCAGAGAGAAGCCUUUGUCACUAUCAUCUAAUAUAUAUACUGACACCAAAAAUAAUUUUGCACUGUUAUUUAAUUGAGCAGAGAAUCAAAAGACUGACAUGGAAAAUAAAAUAAUAGUCAG